GGCCAGCUUGACGGAGCCUUUAUAAAACCAGGGCGCCUGCGUCCCGCUUACUGCAAAGGAAGUAUUUUUCAGCAUCCUCCGUGGUUGUGGCACUCAUCUAAAGGCGGUUAUCAUGGUCCGUUCCGUGGAGGAUUUGCAAGAAUUCAAGAACAUCCUGAAGGAUGCAGGAGACAAGCUGGUGGUGGUGGACUUCACAGCCACGUGGUGCGGUCCUUGCAAGCAGAUUGCUCCAGAAUUUGUUAAGCUUUCAGAGCUUCCUGAAAACCAGAACGUGAUUUUCCUGAAAGUGGACGUGGACGAUGCUGCAGAUGUGAGCCAGGAUUGCAACAUUAAAUGCAUGCCCACAUUCCAGUUCUAUAAGAGUGGAAAGAUGGUGUUCGAGUUCUCUGGCGCCAACAAGGACACGCUGAUAAGCAAAAUUGAGGAGCUGCGAUAGACGGCAAAGUCCUGCUGACCAAUCCACGCACGACUACAUUGUACAAAGCCCACAGUAGAAGCUAUACCCCCAGAGCACGCCCUGUAACCAUGAUGUCCUCUGUCCCAUUUAGGCAAUAAUAUCUGUUCCACCCUGUAGUCCUGUGUAGAUCAAUGUGUCGACCGUCUUAAGAAUGGGCUCUAACUUGAUUCCAACCUGAUUGACAAUGUGCGACGAAUAGGCCUACUUCCUGAACAUCUGUUUUCAAUAAAGUUGAUUUAAUAAAAAAUGAA